UUUUAAAAUUUUCAUUACCAGUGUAAUGCAAUAAACACUGAUUCCAGGUGAUAUUCUUUGACAGCAUCCUUUAUUUUGGUAAAGGAGGCCAGAUAAUGUAAUAUGGAUUUCCUCUCACCACUGAAUAGACAUCAUCAGUAGAUAGUCUGGCAACAUUUUAUAGCCAACUUCUGAAACUGCAAAGCUGGUACAAUUUCAACAGCAGGCUAGAUGGCAAAGAUAUAUCAUAAUUCUUGCAGGCAUUUUGAUGACACAUGAUAUUCAUCAUAAUGUGUAGGGUUUGCUAAUAACGCAACAACAAAACAAUAGUAGCACAAGUAAUAACCCAGUGGAAAACUAUAUCAUAUUCUUAUUUAAUUUUUCAUCAGCAUCAUAUUGUCAAAUAAUGUCCAGACCUAAUUAUAGACAGUCAACUGACCAUUCAAGCUUCCCCUGGCCACAAAUACACAGUGAGUCAGACAGCGUCUUGCUUAGGGUAGUUUGAUAUGCAAGUAUCCAUUUAGGCAUUCUCUCAUCUCUCUAUGGACUUACAUUAGAGCUACUGUGUAAUUGGUCGCUUUUUCACAAAGCAGGCUGGGAGAGAGAAACGAAAAGAUGGCGAAAGAGAUCUGGAGAGAAUAGGCAGAUCAAGAUAAGAUCGAGGAAGGAAAACGAUGCUGAGUAAAGCUAGGUCAGAGAGGCAAGGGCAGUCAUCCAUGAAGGAAGCAUCCUGGUCCUGCAGCAUCCUCAAUCACGCACAUUGCAUGCCCUGAGUGAGCAUGGUUUUGCUGUGUAAUUCUGGGUCAACAAAACAUAUAAUCUCUUAAGUGGUACACCAUAAGCCCUGAUGAUUCAGUCUCAGCAUCAACAAUAGUACAGACAUUUUAGGACAAAACUUUUUAAAGGCACUAGUUGCCAGGGGAGCUAGUAGAAAUUUUGGACAAUUUUUUAUUUUUUUUUACUUGGCUGCUCAGGGCUCUUGGAACCAUCUCCGCCUUAUGUCCUUGGUAAUGGCAUAAAUCUAUAUUGAACCGCCACCGCUACUGAAAAUCAUUUGCAAAAUAAUUUACGAAUAAAAUAUUUCGUUUUUAUUGUAUAAAUCUAAAACUUGUGAUUGUAGAAGAUGUAUUCAGACUUCUUGUGUUGCUGUGAAACCCUUAAAUUGGGCUGUAAAUUGGUCUGGUGCAUCCAGAUGCCCAAAGUGAUAUAAUUAGUUGAAUGGGUUCCAAAUGUAUGCAAUUAAAGUGUCACGUGUCUCAAGAUCUCUAUAAAUACACCUGUUCCUGGAAGGCCCCAGAAUUUGUUGGAGAACAUUCCUAAAAUAAAUAAAUAAAUAAAUAAAUAAAUUAAAACUGCAUCAUUAAGAUAAGACUGGACAAAUUCUGGAAAAUUAUUAAUCAGGAUUUGGUUAUUUUAAAAAAAAAUCUCAAACUUUGAACAUCCCAUGAAGCACCAAUAAAUCCUUUAUUAAAAAAUAGAAAUAUUAUGGCAUAACCCUGAAGAGCCAGGUAAGAGGGCAUUAGUCAAAGAAGCAAAGAAGAGGCUAACAGCUGUUUUGUGUACAUUUGGGUCAAAAUCCCAAUUAAGUACAUUUCAGGACUUGGUUGUAAUACUACAAAAUGUUAAAGAGGGGUGAAUAUUUAUGUACCACUGUAUCAACUCUAUUUGAAUGUGAACGUCUGGCAGUGAAAUGUGUUUCUAGGUCACUGAAUUUGACAGUGAUUUCACCCAGCAGUAAGGGAACGCAUGGAUGGUUACCUAACACUGUUCUAUGGCUUUAGUAAUGUCUCUUAGACUUGAAUGUUUAAUCCACAAGCCAGUAUUUGGUAGGUGACCCAUCUCAUAGAAUCAUCCAGUCACGGUUUGUAAUUAUCCUUAGGUGCUGUGUCUUGUCAGACACACCCUCAUAGUAACACAUGUCUAGAAACCCGUGAAGCACAAAUAACAGGCUGUGCAGCCAUUUGGUUUUGAGGCUUUGUUCUCACACACUAACAAGCAUUAAAUAUGUGCCAUGAAAAAAAAAAAAAAAACAUGUGCCAGAAAAGCAUCAUUGCUACCGUGUGUGUGUGUGCGUGUGAGUGUGUGUGUGUGUGUGAGAGAAAUUCAUAUAAACCUUUUAGGGAUUCUUUCUAUACAUAUACAAAUAUGAAUUGUGAUCUGAAAAAUUGUGUGUUUUCUAUGUGUAAUGACGGUAAAAUGAGGUGUGUCUUUCCAAUGCUGUGUCAAUAUCAAUGUUUAUCUAAGACUUCACACCAGCCUUCAUCUCACUCCUGCGUUGGUGGGUUUGCUGAAGAAACAGAAGCUGAGCCAAGCCUGGAUUACUAAGCCAUACUUAUACACACUUGACACUUUAAAUGCCUACCUUUGCCCUCCCCUCCAAUAAAACACCAAACAAAGACACCUCCCUGUGUAAGUACGAGGUGAUCUCCAGCUGUCCUUAGAGCGGAGUACUAAAUCAGCAGGAAAAGUCCAGUGGAGAGAUGAGUGGAAGUGUCAAAAAUCUGAUUUGGUUCCAAGAUGGUUGACAGGAGUAGCAGCCAGUGAGAGAAGAAGCAAAAGGUCAUCUCAAGACAGCCGGAUCCUAGUGCAAACAUCACGUGUUCUGUAAGGUUUGCGUAUCGUAGAGGCACAUAAACCAGACUGAUCCUUAUUUGCCAUGGACCAGCAGCACGAUUCGUUCAACAGCCACUCUAACCACUGCAACUCGGCCGAUGCCAUGGCGAACUCCUUCGCUGGCAUGACCAUCAAUGACCGUCACCAUGGGGAGCAGUUGGAGAAUGGCAUCAGUCCAAUGAAAGAGGUGUCCCAGGAAGCUUCAGUCAAACUGACAGAAGAUAAGCUAAUAUCAGAGACUGAGGUCUCUAAAGUAGAGAGCGCCCCCUCUGAAGAACAGGUCGAUGAAGAGUCAGCUUUAGCACAUGAGUUUCCUCAGGAUGAGACCACCUCCCUUAUUAAGGAGGCGCAAUGUGAGGGGUUGGUGGAUUCUGCAGAAACACAUGGAGAAGCUCAGCCAGUAUCUGCUCCUGCUGAUUCAAAUGGGCAGAGUGCAGGAGGACCCACAGGUACAUCUCCAACAGAUGUAGCAGCCAACUUCCCUUCAAGGGGUUAUGAUGAAGAUUGGCAAGAGCUGGGUCGAGGCUUUAUAGACCAGAGUAUACCAGAAGAAGAAGAAGAAGAAGAAGGAGAACACUUUCUGAUGACCAGCUGGAAUGGCCCAUCUAAGCAUCUGCACCACCAUCCAGUCAGUCCUGAUCGCACCAGAAGCCUGUCCCUGGAGAACGACCUUCCUGUCUCCUUCUUAAUCCGCAGUGAAGCCCUGGAGGAUCUCACAGCUGUUGGGGACAAGAUCAAAGAAUGUGAUGGAGGCUCUGUUUCAGAAGAAUUUCUCCAGCAAGGACCCUUCACUGACUCUACUGAGAGACGUCAAGACAAUGGGCAACAAACUGUGACGGAUCAACAGGAAAUGAUGCAAUUUGAAGAUAAAGAUGUACCCAGUAUGGGCAACUUUUAUUGUUCCAAUGGCAUUUUAUCAGUGGAUCCAAGCUGUGAAUAUAAACAAGGAAGUACUACACUGAAGCAGGACUUUGUCAGUGCUACGCUACUACCACAAGGACACGCACAGAGUCUGAAUUCAGUGUCAGUGAGAGACUCUUACUUGGUACCGCACAAAGGUAAUCAUAGUGAUUUAGAUGAUGACCAGGCACAUUACCCUGGAAGCCUAGCGACUGAAGGAAAAGAAGUCAUUCCUCCUUUGGAGGACUCAGCCAGUUCUUCAGUCACUUCCUAUGGCUCACCAACUAGAAAAUCUCGUGUACCCGUAUCUCAGUUCAAAGCUCAAGCCAAGACUGACAAUGACACUGAGAAACGGUUACUUUCAUCUUUUGACACAAAGACACUCAAAGCACUUCCUGCCAAAGCUAUAGUAUCUUCCAUAAAAUCACCCUCCAACAUUGUGAAAAAAUCCUCAGCGUCCUCUAGCUCUCCCUCAGCACCUACAAGUGCUUUACCAACAAGGAUUGGGCCAUGGGCUCCAGGAAGCAGGCCUUACGCUGCUGGAACAAAGAUCCCAGCGAUGACCCCUCCCCAGACAGUGAAAGUGGAUCUAAAGAAACCUGUGAAAAAUGGAAAAGAUUCUCCUAAGACCCCUGAGGCAAGUGGCCAAAGUAGUCCUGGCACCCCUAAGUCACCUGCGAGCAAGUCUCUAGGUGGUAAAACCCCAGUUGGAAAGGAGACAAAGAAGGUGGCAGUGAUCCGCUCCAACCCCAAAUCUCCUGGCUCUCUAAAGAACCGUUCUCCAGCCCCGCUGGCUGCUGCACCCCUGCCCGACCUGAAAAACGUGCGCCCCAAAGUUGGCUCCACCGAAAACAUGAAACACCAGCCUGGAGGAGGCCGGGUCCAAAUUCUUGAUCAGAAGCUGGACUUUAGUAAUGUUCAGUCUAAGUGUGGCUCCAAAGACAAUAUGAAACAUGUACCCGGAGGUGGCAAAGUCCAGAUUCUUGAUAAGAAGGUGGACUUCAGCAGUGUCCAAGCUCGAUGUGGUUCUAAAGACAACAUUAAGCACAUUCCUGGAGGAGGCAAGGUCCAAAUUCUUAAUCAGAAGCUGGACUUUACUAAUGUUCAGUCUAAGUGCGGCUCCAAAGACAAUGUGAAACAUGUACCCGGAGGGGGCAAAGUUCAGAUUCUAGAUCAGAAGUUGGACUUAAGUAAUGUGCAGGCUAGGUGUGGCUCCAAAGACAAUAUGAAAUACACACCCGGAGGUGGCAAAGUCCAGAUUGUUCACAAAAAGAUAGACUUGAGCAAUGUGCAGGCAAAAUGUGGUUCAAAAGACAAUAUCCGCUACAAGCCAGGAGGUGGAAACAUUGAGAUCAGAUCUGAGAAAUUGGAAUUCAAGGCGCAGUCAAAGAUCGGCUCUCUAGACAACAUUGGGCAUGUGGCUGGAGGCGGUCAGAAGAGGAUUGAGACACAUAAGCUGCUGUUCCGUGAGCAGGCGAAGGCGCGGACUGACCAUGGCGCUGAGAUCAUCUCUCUGGAAGAGUCUCCCCAGCAGCUCAGCACCGUUUCCUCUUCUGGCAGCAUCAACAUGGCUGACCCACCUCAGCUCUCCACCCUCGCAGAUGAGGUGAGCGCCUCGUUGGCCAAGCAGGGCUUGUGAUCUCUCUCCACGUCCUCUCCUCAGUCCUAAACCCACUUGUUACAGUCACUUACGGACAUAUGAAAGUCUUCAUCUCCCCCAUUCCAUUGCUGACGAGGAUCCCAUAUCAUGGAGCCCUCGCUAACACUGUUGAAGUUUUGCAACAUUAUUUGUAUUAGGCCUUACCAUGUCGUGAGCAUCAGCUGCCCACGACUGCAAAAAAAAAAGUGUCUCUUUAGCUGUACCUCUUAGGUUUAAUGAUCUAAUUCUUUUCCUUUGACAUAACAGUCCCAUUUUCUAAACCUCGUGUUUUAAGUGUUAUUCGAUUCGUCCCAGCUUCACGAAAUUGGGAAAAUAUUCGAUCUGGACAGUCUGAAAAGAUUGGAAAGACCAGGUAAAUUUUUCUUUCUCUCGCUUUGGUGUUUGAGAAUUGUAUAUGGAAGGUCUCACAUAAAUUGGUUCCCCGAAGAGCAAAAGGUUUUCGUAAAAUUGAUACAUGAAGUACGAAUUAAAAUCGUAAUGUAUUUAAACAGGGUACUACAGAGGUAGGAAUGUGCUUUACUUUGAGGAAAAAGUCAGAGGUUUUUAAUAUCUCGCCGACCUUCCAUCUAACAUUAGAGGGGCGGGUGGGGGGGCAUAUCAAAAACAACUAAACAGGAUUUGUGAGAUGUUUCCGAAAAUCGAGUGAGAUUUGGCGAGCUUCAUGUAAAUGAAAUGUUGUUUGUCAGGCACUUUUCUUACAGUAUUAUUCUGUGGAUAUGAGUUGUAUUUGAUAUGGAAAAAAAAAGUGUUGAGCCUGCUGGCAGUCUUAAGUUUGUUUGGGUUUUGUUUUCUUUUCAGUGCUGCAUUGUAGAUGCCUCUCCUAUUUAACUUUUUCACUGGUUGCAGCAGUGUAGCUUUGGUGAUAAUAAUUCACUCACAUUUAUAUUCCUGAACGCUAACAUUAAUAAUAAUUGUCACCUUCGCCCAAUGUCGAGAGAUGAGGUAUGAACGAGAAUAUUGAACAUUUUGAACACAAUAUUAACAGAUUUGACUUAAAAAAAAAUUUGAAUGUUUUUUUUUUGGACCAGGUUUCAUCAUUACAUUAAUGAAUAAGCUGCUGUUGGUUAUUUAGAACUGUGUGCGUUGGUGAGAAUUCAGUCAUAGGGAUGAUUUUAAGUUCAAACUCUUCAUGAAAUUGAAGUACAUACAGAUGGUGUAUCUUUAACCCAAACGUGUUUUGUACCAGUUUUGUGCUUUGUUCAUGCCCACACUCUCGUACUGUGAAAAGUUGGUCAUUGAACUAUCAGCAAAGCAUUUAUUUCAACACUGAUCUUUCAUCAUAUUUUACACAAUCACUGUCAACAGUGUUCUUGUAUUGUCCUUCAAACCCCAGUUGAAUUGCAUGGAAGGCACAUUGUGUACACUCCCGUUUUAUACAACUCCAGUCUAAAAACUCCAGGUUUUUUAGGACACAGACUGAUUUGAUUUCUACAAAAUCAAGCUUUCAACCAAUGACACUGCUAAAAUUCUAACAUAGUAGCCUAGACUGCGUUGUCACAGCACGCCCAUCGAGCUUCAAAAUGUCUAUCUAUGCUCCUUGCAUGCCACUGCAUCACCUCCAGUUUGGAAAACUGUUCUUUUUUACUGUAUAUUCUGUAAUCUGGAUUGUGCUUUUAUUUCUGCGCCGUAUAGUUGUAGAAGGGAAUAUACUAUUCAAAAGAUGACCCCCGCCCCCUUUCUUUAUGAUGGAGCAGGAGCUGUAUAGAUAGCGUUAGUUAGAUAAUGUAUGUGUAUUAACAUUUAUGAUUCAUCUAUUUGCCAAGGAAUAUGAGUGCUGAAAAAAAAAAUAGCAGAGCAGUUCAGCGGUUGUUGCUCGCACCACAAUAGUGCAUGCAUGCUAACUUUCUGUUUUUUUUUGUUUGUUUGUUUGUUUUAUAUGGAUUGGCAAUGUGUUUUUGAAUGUUAUUGGAUGGGGUUUGUAUACUGUAUGUGGUAUUUGGGCUAAUGGAAGUUUUGCCUUGGGUGAAAGAAGUUGUGUUCCAUGUACAAGAGUGGGUCAAGGGAAGGGUACCAUGAUCCAGAUGUGACCUUGUAAAGAGGGAAGGCCACCACUCUAAGUGUAAGGUCUUGUUCCACACUGUAAGCUUGAGCUGGUGGGUUUGCCAUCCUGCUGUCAUUGACACCAUUCACCUAAUUCUGCGCUUGUACAUUUUAGCUUGAAAAAAAAUGUGAUUGUCAAUAUUGUUCUUGUGUGUUUUAAUAAUAACUGAUUCUUGUUAAUGUACAUGUGAAUUUGGAAAUAAAGGCUAUAAAGAAUAA